UCCGCUAGCUGCAGUCGCUGUGUCCUAAAGUAUCUUUUCUAAUGUUUGUUCACUUUUUGGGGUAGCUAAUGCUUAACUCUGAUUUGUAUAUAGACAGCAAUUAAGCAGAAAGUAAAGGCACGAUCCGAUAGGCUUUAGGUUUGGCAGAAUGUCGAGUUCCGUAGCGUUGCAGACGCACGUCGCUUCUAUUAUAGAAGCGUUAAUUCACGCUGCGAUCGCUGAAAUGUGCAAACUCAUAGGAGAAAAGACGCACGUACUUCCUACUAGUUAUGUUGCAAGCGACUUGCGUGAACACGAGGAGAUGCAUGAAAAAGUAACGACGGAAAAGGAGCACAGAAUGAGGCAGUUUGCAUCAGUUAUGGAAGUAUUGGGCAACGAGGCUCUUGGCAAAAUAAUCAAACUCGUUGAUGAAACCAGAUUUCUGUUGGAUCUUGAGUGCAAAACAUUUUCAGGCAAGCGAGCGAAGCGACCAGGCUGCGUCUUGAACAUUCUGUCUGUCGGAGGACUUGAAGAGGAACAUUCUUAUGAUGGAAGUGCAAGAACGCUGAACAUGAAAAAUGAGUCUGACGAGGCCAUGAAAGACGGUUCGGAAUCCCCUUUUACACUGGCUGUAACGAUCAAAAAUGAAUUUGGACAAGUUGACUUGCAGUCCAUCACUGCAGUUCACUUAAAUGCUACUUCAGAAGAUGAGGUAACGUCUGCUUUACAAGAAGGAAGUGAAUAUCCUCAAGACAUCAUUACUCUCUAUGGGAAGACAUCGUAUAUUUGUUCGGAGUGUGGCAAGAGCUUCUCUUCUCAAGGCAACCUCAAAUCGCAUCAACGCAUACACACUGGUGAAAAGCCUUAUGGCUGUGUCCUCUGCGGCAAGGCUUUUGCUCACAAACAAAGCCUGACAGACCACCAUCGAAUCCACUCGGGAGAAAAGCCGUUUGUGUGUGAGGUCUGCGGUAAACGUUUUGGGAAAGCUGCACACCUCAAGACCCACGAAAUAAUCCACACGGGUGAAAAACCUUUCAGCUGCAAUGUCUGCGGAAAAAGAUUCAACAUUGCGCAAAAUCUAGCCAGGCACCAAAUGACCCAUACUGGAGAAAGAGAGUUUCAGUGUUCAAUUUGUCAGAAAAGUUUCACACGGGCCGUAACUCUAAAAACACAUCAACUGAUCCACACGGGGCAUAAACCGUACUCUUGCACGUCAUGUGGGAAGGCCUUCCGACACGCCGUCAACCUUAAAAAUCACGAGCGCAUCCACACGGACCAGCGACCGUUUAGUUGUGAUUUGUGCGGCAAGACCUUCCGACAGGCUGUUAAUCUGAAGAUCCACAAAAGGAUCCACACAGGAGAGAAACCGUUUAGCUGUAAGGAGUGCGGGAAGAGCUUCAGUCAGCAGAGUAGUCUCAUUUCACAAGGCCGCACACACUCCGGCGAAAAACCCUACGGGUGCAGCUACUGCGAUAAGUGGUUUAACAACAACAACAGUCUAAAGCUGCACCAGAGGAUCCAUACUGGUGAGAAGCCGUACAAUUGUGAGUUCUGUGGCAAGUGUUUCAGUCAAGGCAGUCACCUACGUACUCACAAACGGCACGUUCACGGAGGGGGGAAGCAGUACAUUUGUGAUAAAUGUGGAAAAAGAUAUGCAGAUCCCCGCAAUCUGAAGCUGCACAAAUGCGUUUACGCCUAAUCGUCAACAUUUUGUGGGCCACAUUUAUUAUUUGGAAACAUAUCACGGACAUUUACUGAAAUUUUUACUAAUAUCCUGAUUUCUAAAAGUAAUAAGUUGUAUUACUUUUAAAAGUACUAGUUAUUACUGAUAGCAGUAUGUUUUUUGUAUUUUACCUUAAAUUUUAGUUCAAAAUCAAAUAUUACGCUGCGAUAGGCUUAGCAUUUUAUGCCAGUAUGCAAGAAAACGACUGUCUAAUAAUUUGGUUUUGUUGUCCAAUGGUAUUGUCAUAUGAACUAUUUUCAUUCACUAGUUCAUCACCCCAUACUCCUGUCCUCAUUUAUUGACCCUCAUUUCAUUCAAAAACUGUAUAUGACUUUCUUCUGUGAAACAAAAAAAGAUAUUUUGAAUAAUGUCUCAGUGGUUUUGUGUCUAUAUCAUGAAAGUCUAUAUCAUGAGGCGCCAAUGUUGUUUGGUUACCAGCGUUCUUCAAAAUAUCUUUUUUUGUGCUCUGCAGAAGACAGGUUUGUAAUGAUGUGAGGAUGAAAGAAAUAAAAAGCAUAAGUUAUGGAUCCUUUCCAUAAUUGUUCAUACAUUUUAUGUAAUUUAGCGUUUCAAUAAAAUGUUUCUCUUUA